GCCGAGGCGCUGCGUGCCGAGGCCCGCGCGAGCCUCGCCGAGGCCGCGGCGCUGCGCGCCGAGGCCGCGCCGCUGCGCGCCGAGGCCGCGCAGCGCGCGCCGGCGGCUGGCGACGCAGGCGAGGCGAUCCGGGAACUGCGGGCCAGCGUGGCGCAGCUGCAGUCGGCCGCGGCCGGGCAGGAGGAGCCCGUGCGCCGCCUCGCCGAGCUCUCGGGCGAGCUCUCCGCGGAGGUGGAGCAGGCGAAGGCUUCCGCGGAGCUGGCCCACAGGCGCCUCGCGGAGCUGGAGCCUGCCAGGGCGGACGUCGCGGAGCUGCGCGCGCAGGUGCGGUGCUUGCAGGAAGCCCGGCCCAGGGGCGCCGCCGCGGAGGCCCCCGGGGGCGGCCUCGACCUCACCCUGCCGUGCGUUUUGCAGCCGGGCUGCGCGUGCGCUCCGGGGCAGGCGUGCUGCCAGCAGGAGGCGGUGGCGGACCUCCAGGCCGAGGUCGCGCAGCUGGCCGCGCGCUGCCACGAGCUGGCGGCGCGCGGGGAGGCCGCGGCGCAGCGGACGGCCGCCGACCUGCUGGAGCUUGCCGGCGGCCUCGAGGGCCUCUCCGCGGCACAGGGCGAGGUGGAGCAGCGCCUGGGGGAGCUCGCCGGGGCCGACGCGUUGCGCGGGCGGGGCGGCGACUCCGAGGCGCAGAUCGGCAGCCUGCGCCGCCUGCUGCAGGACCAGCGUCGUGAGCUGGCGGUGCUCUCCAGCGAGCUAGGCACCGUGCGGGAGAGGUGCGCCGCGGGCUCCGGCGGCAGCGACGCGCGGUGGGGCGCGGUGUGCGAGCGCUUGGCCGAGAUCGAGAGCCGGCUGGCGGGGACCGCCGGCAGCCCGAUGGCGUCCACGCGGGCCGAGUCCGACCAGAAGGUGGACGAGCUGGCCGAGACGCUGCCGACCAGCGGGUCCUCGUCGCCGCCGCCGCCGAGCCACCGGCCAGAGGAGGAGCGGCUGCCGACGCUGCUGGCGGCGCGCGGGAGCGGCGCGGCGCGCGCGCGGGGCCUGUCGCCGAAGGGCUCGCGCCGCCUGGCCGCGCAGGGCUCCGUGGGCGGGCUGCGGGCGGCGUCGCCCGGCGGCGCGUCGCCGGUGGCCUCGGCCCAGGAGGUGCUGGUGAGCGACCGCCUCAAGGACAGCCUGGAGGGCGUGGUGAACGCGGUGCAGAGGGUGCUGCUGGAAGAGGAGCACCAGCAGCAGCGGCAGCUCGAGCUGGCGCCCGCGCCCGCCGGCCAGGCCGCGGCGCGGGGGCCGGCCGCUCGCCUGGGCGUCCCUGCGCAGGCCCCGGCGGCCUGGCGCGUGCAGCCGGUCGUGGCGGCUCGCGCGGCCAGCCCGUUGGUGCGGGUGGCCACGGCCGUGCCAGCGGUGGCCCCUCCACGCCGCGCGCCGGGCGGCUCCGUGGUGGUCGCCGCGCCCCGGACGCCACUGCUGAUCCGCCGCUAG